AAAAGACUUUAGUUUUUGACCCUCCAAGUCAUACAGAUAAAGCCUAUUUAGAUCUUUUUCAUAUUAUAAUCAUAUGGUUUUGACCAAAAAAAGAAAAACUUAUGGUAAGAUCAUUCAUGAGAGGAAAAAAGAAUUGCAAAACGAUGAAAUUUUUUGUACUAGUGCUUCUUCUGGUGCUGCAAUUCUUCUCCAACAAAGCACUUUCUCAGAGUGAAGAAGGAGAGUUUGGUUUUAAUGGUUACUUGUACGACAACUCUGGAAUUGCAAUUACUAACUCCAAAGGCUUGAUGAAGCUCACAAAUUCGUCUGAAUUCUCAUAUGGUCACGUUUUCUACAACUCUCCAGUUAGAUUCAAGAACUCACCAAACGGUACCGUUUCGUCUUUCUCCACUACCUUUGUUUUCGCUAUAGUCUCUAAUGUUAAUGCACUUGAUGGCCAUGGACUUGCAUUUGUCAUCUCUCCCACCAAAGGCUUGCCCUAUAGUUCAUCCUCACAAUAUCUAGGGCUCUUUAAUUUGACAAACAAUGGAGAUCCCUCUAAUCAUAUUGUAGCAGUUGAGUUUGAUACAUUUCAAAAUCAAGAAUUUGAUGACAUGGAUAAUAACCAUGUUGGUAUUGACAUCAAUAGCUUGAGCUCAGAGAAAGCUUCUACAGCAGGUUAUUACGAAGACGAUGAUGGUACUUUCAAAAACAUCCGCCUCAUAAAUCAAAAACCUAUACAAGCCUGGAUUGAAUAUGAUUCCUCAAGGAGACAACUUAACGUCACAAUCCAUCCUAUUCAUCUCCCUAAGCCAAAGAUUCCAUUGCUUUCUCUAACCAAAGAUUUAUCUCCAUAUCUUUUCGACUCUAUGUAUGUUGGCUUCACUUCAGCCACAGGCCGUCUUCGUUCAUCUCACUAUAUUCUUGGUUGGACCUUCAAGCUCAAUGGGACAGCUUCAAAUAUAGAUAUUUCUCGUCUUCCAAAACUUCCUAGAGACUCUCGGAGUACAAGUGUGAAAAAGAUCUUGGCUAUUAGUUUGAGUUUAACCAGCCUCGCCAUCCUCGUCUUCUUGACCAUAAGCUAUAUGCUUUUCUUGAAAAGGAAGAAGUUAAUGGAAGUUCUUGAAGACUGGGAGGUUCAGUUUGGUCCACAUAGGUUUGCUUACAAGGAUCUUUACAUUGCCACAAAGGGUUUCAGGAACAGCGAGCUUCUUGGUAAAGGAGGGUUUGGAAAAGUAUAUAAAGGUACAUUAUCGACGUCUAACAUGGACAUCGCGGUGAAGAAAGUUUCUCAUGAUUCAAGACAAGGAAUGAGAGAGUUUGUGGCAGAGAUCGCGACCAUUGGGCGUCUCAGACAUCCUAAUCUAGUUCGGCUUCUUGGCUACUGUAGGCGCAAAGGAGAACUCUAUUUGGUUUACGACUGUAUGCCAAAAGGCAGUCUUGAUAAGUUUCUCUACCACCAACCAGAACAGAGUCUUGAUUGGUCACAAAGAUUCAAGAUCAUCAAAGAUGUUGCUUCUGGUCUCUGCUAUUUACACCACCAGUGGGUUCAAGUCAUUAUUCACAGAGACAUUAAGCCAGCAAACGUUCUUCUUGAUGAUUCUAUGAACGGAAAGCUCGGUGAUUUUGGUCUCGCAAAGCUCUGUGAACACGGGUUUGAUCCUCAAACCUCUAACGUGGCUGGUACGUUUGGAUACAUCUCACCAGAGCUUUCAAGAACAGGGAAGGCAAGCACAAGUUCUGAUGUAUUCGCGUUUGGAAUACUAAUGUUAGAGAUUACUUGCGGGCGAAGACCCGUCUUGCCACGAGCAUCUUCGCCGAGCGAGAUGGUUCUUACGGAUUGGGUGCUAGAUUGUUGGGAAGAUGACAUAUUGCAAGUGGUUGAUGAGAGGGUAAAGCAGGAUGAUAAGUACCUUGAGGAGCAAGUAGCACUGGUUCUGAAGCUCGGCUUGUUCUGUUCGCAUCCGGUUGCAGCCGUCAGACCAAGCAUGUCGAGCGUCAUCCAGUUCUUGGACGGUGUGGCUCAGCUACCAAACAACUUGUUUGACAUUGUGAAAGCUAGGGAGAACGUUGGAGCCAUUGAAGGCUUCGGUGAAGCAGCUGAGUCCCUUGCAGAGCCCUGUUCGGUGGCUACAUUGACGUUUACAGAACCAUUUGUCUCGCAUGGGCGCUAAGCGACACUUAGUAACUUUUGAAUUAUCUCCUCUCUUCACAUUAUGAAGUAAGUUUCGAUUUGUUAAAACUUAAAAGAACCUGUGUAAUUACUAUUUAGCCGAUGUUUGCACAAUAGAUUACCGAAAUUAAAUAUAGACAACUAUUUUUAUGAAACAAUUUUUCAAGCGCUCCACAAAUUUGUGUGAAGCAUCCAGGAUAGAGAGAGUUUGAAG